AUGGGCGCGACAACACUAACCCUGAUUAGUCUUGCGGCUUUCGCGUCUUCCGGUGUGGCCCAGCAGUUCCCAGGUGUCCCGGGUAACGGGAACGGAAAUGGCAACGGGUUCGGCAAUGGCAACGGCGGCAACGGGUUCGGAGGUGGCAACUUCAACAACUUUGUGGGCUUCAACAUCCAGGAGGCCAUGCACACGCGGAGGAUCCACGGCAUUCUGGCUACCAUCGCCUUCGUCAUCGUCUUUCCCGUAGGCUCGAUCGCCAUGAGAAUCAUCCCGGGUCGUUUCUCCUGGCUUCUACACGCUCUCAUCCAGAUGGCCGGCUUUGUUCUAUACAUCGCUGCUGCUGCACUGGGUAUCAAGUUGACUCAAGAUGUCAGAUUUGGCGGAACAAGUCUGUUUGAGAUCAGCACCAUCAACUUUCACCCCAUCAUCGGGCUCGUCAUCCUCGCCGUUUUCUUUUUUCAGCCUAUCUUUGGCUAUAUCCACCACAUACAGUUUAAGAAGUAUGGCGUCCGCCAGACCUGGUCGCACAUUCAUCUCGCCAUUGGUCGCCUCCUUAUCCCUCUGGGCAUUAUCAACGGCGGUUUGGGGCUCUACAUCUCUAACUCGCCCAAGGAAUUCAAGAUCGUGUACGCCAUUCUCGCUGCCGUUUUCGGCAUCGCCUGGAUCUUUGUCGCUGUAAUCAGCGAGAGCCGUCGCACUGUCGUAUCUGCUUCUGUCUCGUAUUGGGCCCCUCUUCGUCCUCGUCGAGGCGUGACAGCCGAGGCCGCGACGGGUUCAUUUAUGGCAGCUUAA